GGCCAGGACAAAGCCAUGACUUGGGGUAGGAACCUUCUGAAUAUCCUCCUAGUCUUUACUCUGCUGUGGGCAGAGACACCAUCCCACCCUGGGAUCCCCAUGUGCUCUCUCUUCCAGGUGGACAAAUCCUUGGGCACCAUGCUGACGGAUCUGGAGAACGCCAUCAACUCCCUCAUUGACGUCUACCACAAGUAUUCCCUGAUUAAAGGGAAUUACCAUGCCGUCUACAGGGAUGAUUUGAAGAAGUUGUUAGAGACAGAGUGCCCUCAGUACUUGAAGAAAAAGGAUGCAGACACGUGGUUCAAAGAGUUGGACAUCAAUGAGGAUGGUGCCGUUAACUUCGAGGAGUUCCUCAUCCUGGUGAUCAAGGUGGGCCUGUUGGCCCAUGAAGACAUCCACAAGGAGUAGCAGAGCUGUGGCCCCUGGGGCUGGCCCCUGGACUUGUCCCUGCAGAGCAAUAAAGUAAAUGAUACCUCA